AUGCCACAUCAACCAGAACGGCCAAAAAACAACAGGGACUCGUUUUGUUUGGAGCAUGGGAUCGCUAGGAGGCACACGGCACACAAUCGGCCACAGCAGAACGGCGUGGCAGAGCGUGCCAAUCGCACUAUCAUGGAGGCCCUCACUACCAUGCUUUCUGAAUCGCAUUUGCCGCUUGUUUUCUGGGGCGAGGCUCUGGCCACUUAUGGCAAGACGCCAUUUGAGAUGGUCCAUGGGAAAAAGCCGGACGUUUCGCACUUGCGGGUCUGGGGCUGCCUAGCCUAUGUGCAUGUGCAGAGGGACAAAAGGGAUGGAUUUGGAUCUCAUAUGGAGAAGUGCGUGUUUAUUGGGUACCCUGAUAGCUACAAGGCGUGGAAGUUCUACAAUCCUGCGACUCGGAAGGUCAUCAUUUCGGAAAGGGCAGACUUUGAUGAGCGAUUCUUUCCUGGCACUCGCCACUUUGAUGCUAACACCCAGUCUGCCACUCCUCCUCCUUCGUCUCUGUUCAGUCUUUGGGAUGCAGAUGUGGAUCCGGUGCCGGUCCUGGGGGGGGGGGAAGCAGAUGCUCCUCCUCCUGCUGGUCACCUCGAAGACGCUCCCACCGACCAGGAUCAUCCUGUGGCAGACCUAGCAUCUCCUCCACCUCUUGCUCCUAUCAUUGUCCCUCCUGAUGCUCUCCCUCCUGACGUCCCUGAUGCUCCUGGAGAGGCAGAGAUGGAACCCAUUGUUGAGGACGCAUUUCUGGCUGAAGUCGAGCGUGCCCUGUUCACCUCUGGUGCUGAAAAGGCUGAGCCCUCGAUGUAUCGUCAGGCAAUGAAGCGCCCUGAUGCAGAUGAGUGGCAGAAGGCGGCAGAGGAAGAGAUGGAGGCUCAUGCUCGGAAUCGCACCUAG